AUGCCUGCAACAACAUCGGUCAUACUCAACACUGGAGCAGUUAUGCCCACGGUCGGUCUUGGCACAUGGAAGUCCAAGCCCGGCCAAGUCGAACAUGCUGUUGAAUUCGCCCUGAAAAAUGGAUACAAGCAUAUUGACACUGCCGCUGGAUACCAGAACGAAACAGAAGUCGGACAGGGGAUCAAGGCGUCUGGUCUGCCAAGAGACCAGAUGUUCCUGACUACGAAGCUUGAUAAUUCCGACCAGAGGCAUCCAGCAAAUGCUCUUGAAGCAUCACUCAAGAAACUCGAUACUACUUAUCUAGACCUCUGGCUCAUGCACUGGCCAGCUCCCAUGACAAAAGAUGGCCAGGCGGACAAGGAACACGACUGGUUGGACACCUGGAAAACUAUGGAAGACCUAUACCUUGCUCACCCAGAGAAACUGAAGGCUAUUGGUGUUUCCAAUUUCUCCGUGGAAUACCUUGAACGUUUAUUGAAAGUUGCACGCGUCGUACCGGCCGUGAACCAGAUUGAGCUCCACCCUUCGUGUCCUCAAGAUGACGUCGUCGAGUACUGCCAGAACAAGGGAAUCGUGAUGACAGCUUAUUCUCCGUUGGGAUCCGACAAUUCCCCCUUGUUGAAAAACGAAACUGUUACAAAAAUCGCAGCGAAGUAUGAUGUGCAACCCGCCAAUGUGUUGAUAUCCCUUCAUGCAAACAAGCCCAUGCACACUGUGCUUCCCAAAUCCGUGACCAACGAGCGUAUCUUGAACAACGCGAAGAUCAUAGAUUUGACCCCUGAAGAGAUUGGCGAGCUUCAUGAUAUUGAUAAAACACAUCAUUUCCGUGCUUGUCACCCAUCUUGGACAGGUUUCGGUAGUCUUGGAUUCCCUGAUUGCAAAUAG